CUGAGAAUGCCGACGCGUCACAGGGAAUUGGAGUUAUCCUGUGCCAGCGGAAUACGACCGACCAUCUCUGCGUCCGGGACAGAGGGACCGUCGCGUCGAUUUCAGUUGAUGGUGAUGGUAUACCGGAUUGUUGAUGGCGAACCAAAGGAUCAAUGACAUUAAAUCUACAUCUACAACUAUGAAUCGAAGAACAGUGUGACGCCAAUGAGGGAAAAGAGGUCGAGCACGCCCCGCCCGACCCGCGGCUGCCGGUGCUCGGCAACUUCGUCCAGAAGACCCUCAAGCUCAAGGCGGAGAAAUGGACGCGCCUGCUCGCCACGGAGGAGAUGCGCAAGUGCGUCCUCGACUUCCUGGACAAGGCGGAGAACAUGCUGCUCAUCGUCAUGCAGAACAACGCGGCGCAGCUGCUGCCCUCGCUGGGCUUCCCCGUCAGCCUCAAGAGCAAGGCGGCCUUCUUCGUCAAGAAGCGGCGCGCCGUCGUGCCCAAGGAGCGGGAGGCCAUGCACGAGCUGCUCAUCAUCGGGGACAUGGCCACCCGCGCCAUCGAGCAGCUGGCCGCCCUGGUGGACGAGGUCGUGGUGCCGCUGCUGUCCAACCCGGGUAACCAGGCCGGGUGGCCGGCGGCCGUGGCGCAGGACGUGUGCCGGCACGUGCACAGCCUGCGCAGCACCGUCUGCCAGGUGCGCGGCCAGGUGGCGGGCCGCACCGUGCUGCCGCUGCCCGCGGGCGUGGAGCGCGUCCACCAGGCCGAGCGCGAGCUCAUGAGCAGCGGCGGCGAGGUGGUCGACCUGUACCUCAAGUCGGCCAUCGAGGGCGUCGUCAUCAAGUGGGCCACGCAGAUCAACGACGUGCUGCUCGAGGACUCGGCGGACGCCUUCAAGGGCGGCCACAACCCGACGCCCUCCGCCGAGGUGCACUUCUGGAACUCGCGCCUCCGCAACCUGGAGCACAUCUACGAGCAGCUGCGCGACGAGCGCGUGCGCAAGAUGGCCGUCAUCCUGGAGCGCACGGACAGCGCGUACUGGCCGUGCUUCAAGUCGCUCUUCAGGAACAUCGUGGCGGCGCUGGCCGAGGCGCGCGACAUGGCGCUCUACCUCAAGCCCCUCAUGAAGCACUGCCAGCUGCUGGAGGACACGGACUUCGCGGACGCCACGCCGCUGCUGCGGCCGCUGCUCCACACCGUGUGCCUCGUAUGGGCGCACUCGCGCUACUACUGCAACUCGAACCGUCUGGUCGUGCUGCUGCGCCAGAUCUGCAACCUGCUCAUCCAGCAGGCCAAGCGCUACCUGGACCCGUCCAGCAUCUUCCAGAGCGACGUGGACGAGGCCAAGCAGCGGGUGCAGCUGUCCAUCGCCACGCUCAAGGUGUUCCGCCAGUACUUCGACGAGUACCGCGAGAACAUCGCGAGCUUCUUCAAGGACCGCGAGCCCGUGCUGUGGACGUUCCACCCCAACAUCGUGUUCGGCCGGCUGCAGCUGUUCGUCGAGCGGCUGCACACCAUCCAGUGGUUCUUCGACACGGUGCUCGAGUUCCUCAAGCUGGAGAAGCUGGAGCUGGGCGGUCUCAAGGGGCGCGUGCUCAGCACCAAGAUCACGGCCGUCUCCCAGGAGUUCAACGAGCACUUCACCAUGUUCGCCAGCAAGAGCUACGACGUGCUCGACCCCGAGGACACCACCUUCCUCCAGGACUACAACGUCUUCCAGAACCGCAUCUGGGACCUGGACCGGAGGCUUGCCGCCAUCCUGUGCCAGGGCUUUGACGAAUGCUACAACCUGGAGGCCGUCUUCAAGCUCAUCUACAUCGCGGGCUCCGUCCUGGACCGGCCGCUCAUCAAGGAGGAGUUCACCGCCAAGUACAAGGACAUCAUCGUGAUGCUGCGCCGCGAGGUCGACGACAUCCAGCGGAUAUACGAGGAGCAGAUGGAGGAGCACGCCCGCGGCUACAUGCCCGUCGACACGCACAUGCCGCCCGUGGCCGGGGCGCUCCGGUGGUGCAACAUGGUGCGCCAGAGGCUCGUCGCCCCCAUGCAGAGCUUCAAGGCGCUCGACCACCCAGUGGCGAAGAGCCAGGAGGCGAUGGACAUCAUCGAGCACAGCGAGCGCAUCCUGGAGGGCAUGGAGAAGCUGGAGAAGGCCAUGGUGGGCGCCUGGGCGGCAGAGGUGCCGGCGCAGUGCGAGCGGAACCUGGCGCGGUCGCUGCUCUGCAAGAACGAGAAGACGCACGAGCUUACGCUCAACUUCCACCAUCAGCUCGCGGCCAUCCUGCGCGAGACGCACUACCUGCAGCAGAUGGGCCGGGAGGAGAUACCGGAAGCGGCGAGCCAGCUGUACGAGAAGGGCGAGACCUUCCGGAAGUACACCAACAGCCUCAGCGUGACGAUUGAGUGGUACAACAAGGUCCGCCGUUGCACGCUGCCGGUGGAGUUCGAGCUGGUGCGCGAGCUGGUGGAGGAGGUGGACUCACAGGUCAGCCGCGGCCUGCACAACGGCGAGCUGACGUGGAGCUCGAGCGAGCUGUGGGCCUACAUCGAGCGGCUGCACGCGCUCGUGCACUCGCUGCAGAGCCGCGUGGCCACCUCGCAGGCCAACGUGAACCUGCUCCGGGGCGCGCUCUGCCCCGCGGCCCGCCCCGUGUUCCAGCGGCCGGCCAAGGACGCCCUGCUCAGCCUCGAGGAGCGGCAGGAGCGCAAGACGCGCCGCUACGCCGAGAUGAAGGCCGCCGGUGAGGAGAUCGCGCGCCUCGUGGCCGACAACAUGGCCCUCCUGGGCAUGGAGGACGAGCAGGGCUCCGCGCGCUGGCAGAGCUACAUCGAGUUCCUCGACGGCCUGGUGGGCCAGGCCGUGCUCAAGGCCGUGGGCUGCUCCCUCGCCUACCUGGCCGAGAACAUGGACGCGCAGGAGAAGCUGUCGCCGCUGUUCGAGGCGCACCUGCACCUCCGCGAGCCGGACAUCGUGUUCGUGCCCGCCCUGGACCACAGCCCGGACGGCUUCGCCAGCCUCGUCAAGGGGCUGAUCGCCGACAUCCUGGCCAUGGCCGCGAUCGUCCCGCGCGUCGGCGACAAGAACAUCACCUACGAGGCGGAGAUAAUCGCCAACGAGGACAUCAAGGACAUGAUCAAGGACACGAUGGACGGCGUGGAGGCCGUGAUUCGGGAGGCCAACGAGUUUGUGGUGGGCCUGCGGGGCUACUCGUACCUGUGGCUGGACGAGCGGCGGACGUACCUGGAGAACUUCCUCACCUACAGCCGGCAGCUGACGAACGAGGAGCUGGAGUACAUCGCCAUCCAGGACCCGCUCGCCCCUCAGCCCUCACCGCCUAGGAUGGACCACUUCAGGGAGCAGAUCGACAACUUCGAGUCGCUGCUCACGGAGGUGGAGGGGCUGGUCUCCGUCAAGACGUUCAGCUCGUGGUUCCAAGUCGACCUGGCGCCGUUCAAGCAGGCGCUCGUCAACACGGUGUGCAAGUGGGGGGACAUGUUCAAGCAGCACCUCAUCAACAACGUGACGCUGAGCCUGGCCGACCUGGGCAACUUCAUCCAGAAGGCGGACGAGGGCCUGCUGCAGCCCGUCGAGGAGGGCGACUACGACCGCCUCGUGUCCGUCAUGGGCUUCCUGAUGCACGUCAAGACGCGCGCCGAGUCCACGGACGACAUGUUCGAGCCGCUGCGGGACACCAUCGCGCUGCUGCAGGGCUACGACCAGGAGCUGCCCGAGGAGGUGAACGUGCUGCUCAAGGAGCUGCCCGAGCAGUGGGAGAACACCAAGAAGAUCGCGCAGACCGUGAAGCAGCUGGUGGCGCCGCUGCAGGCCAACGAGGUGGCCGCCAUCCGGCGCCGGAUCAUGGCGUUCGACUCGCAGCAGACGCAGUACCGCGACCAGUUCCGGCGCGCGCCCUACUUCCGGUACGAGUGCGACGACCCCUACGGCCAGCUGGACGCCGCCAACGAGCGCAUGGCCGAGUACGAGGCGGAGAUGCGCCGCAUCCAGGACUCCGGGUCGCUGUUCGAGGUGUCCAUCCCGGAGUUCAAGCUGCUGCGCCAGUGCCGCAAGGAGCUGCGCAUGCUCAAGCAGCUGUGGGACUACGUGUGCAUCGUGCGCACCAGCGUCGAGGACUGGAAGACCACGCCGUGGAGGAAGAUCGACGUCGAGAACAUGGACAUCGAGUGCAAGAAGUUCGCCAAGGAGAUCCGAGCCCUGGACAAGGAAAUGCGGUCCUGGGACACGUACACGUCGCUGGAGGCGACCGUCAAGAACAUGCUCACGUCCCUCAGGGCCGUGGGGGAGCUGCAGAACCCCGCCAUCAGAGAACGCCACUGGCAGCAGCUCAUGAGGUCGACAAAGAGUUUACAGUCACUCCCGCCAAAGUACAGCGUCCGCUUCGUCAUGGACGAGGGAACCACCCUGGCCGACCUGCUCGAGCUCAACCUGCACGAGUGCGAGGACGAGGUCAAGAACAUCGUGGACAAGGCCGUCAAGGAGAUGUCCAUGGAGAAGAUCCUGCGCGACCUGCACACCACCUGGGGCGCCAUGGAGCUGGAGCAGGAGGUGCACCAGCGCACGGGCACCACGCUGCUCAGGGCCUCCGAGGAGCUCGUCGAGACCCUGGAGGACAACCAGGUGCAGCUGCAGAACCUCAUCACGUCCAAGUUCGUGGCGCACUUCCUGAACGAGGUGUCCGAGUGGCAGCAGCGCCUGAGCGUCGCGGACCAGGUCAUCACGGUGUGGUUCGAGGUGCAGCGCACGUGGAUGCACCUGGAGAGCAUCUUCAUGAGCUCCGAGGACAUCCGGCGCCAGCUGCCGCAGGACUCGGAGCGUUUCGACCGGAUCGAUACCGAGUUCAAGGUGCUGGUGACGGAGUUGGCGCGCACGCCCAACGUGGUGGAGGCCACGAACAAGCCCGGGCUGCCCGGCCGCCUCGACUGGCUGCAGAAGGAGCUGACGCUGUGCGAGAAGGCGCUCGCCGAGUACCUCGAGACCAAGCGCCUCGCCUUCCCGCGCUUCUACUUCGUGUCGUCCGCCGACCUGCUCGACGUCCUGAGCAACGGCAACCAGCCCGCCCUCGUGGCCAGGCACCUCACCAAGCUAUUCGACUCGCUGGCCAAGCUCAACUUUGUGUUCAACGAGAAGGAGGAGCCCGUGGGCGCCGUCGGCAUCUACGCCAAGGACGGCGAGUACGUGCCGCUGGAGAAGCCCUGCGACUGCACCGGCCCCGUGGAGGUGUGGCUGAACCGCGUGCAGGCCUCCAUGCGCAACACGAUCCGGACCUGCUUCGCGGAGGGCGUGGUCGCCUACGAGGAGAAGGCGCGCGAGGCCUGGCUCUUCGACUACCCGGCGCAGGUUAGCCUGUGCGGCACGCAGAUCUGGUGGUGCACCGAGGUCAACAUGGCCUUCGGCAGGCUCGAGGAGGGCUACGAGAACGCCCUCAAGGACUACCAGAAGAAGCAGGUGUCGCAGCUGAGCACGCUCAUCUCACUGCUGUUGGGCGAGCUGAGCAAGCAGGACCGCCAGAAGAUCAUGACCAUCUGCACCAUCGACGUGCACUCCCGGGACGUGGUGGCCAAGCUGAUCCAGGCCAAGGUGGAGACGGCGGCCGCCUUCCAGUGGCAGAGCCAGCUUCGUCACAGGUGGGACGAGAAGGAGAGGGACUGCUUCGCCAACAUCUGCGACGCGCAGUUCGGCUACUCGCACGAGUACUUGGGCAACACGCCGCGCCUCGUCAUCACCCCGCUCACCGACCGCUGCUACAUCACGCUCACGCAGUCGCUGCAUCUGGUCAUGGGGGCCGGCCCCGCGGGCCCGGCCGGCACGGGCAAGACGGAGACCACCAAGGACCUGGGCCGCGCGCUCGGCAUCAUGGUGUACGUGUUCAACUGCUCCGAGCAGAUGGACUACAAGUCGUGCGGCAACAUCUACAAGGGCCUGGCGCAGACCGGCGCCUGGGGCUGCUUCGACGAGUUCAACCGCAUCUCGGUGGAGGUGCUCUCCGUGGUCGCCGUGCAGGUCAAGUCCGUUCAGGACGCUAUCAGGGACAAGAAGGACGUGUUCAACUUCAUGGGCGAGACGAUCGCGAUGGUGCCGACGGUGGGCAUCUUCAUCACGAUGAACCCCGGGUACGCGGGCCGCACGGAGCUGCCCGAGAACCUUAAGGCCCUCUUCAGGCCGUGCGCCAUGGUGGUGCCCGACUUCGAGCUCAUCUGCGAGAUCAUGUUGGUGGCCGAGGGCUUCCAGGAGGCGCGCAUCCUGGCCAGGAAGUUCAUCACGCUGUACACGCUGUGCAAGGAGCUGCUGUCCAAGCAGGACCACUACGACUGGGGCCUGCGCGCCAUCAAGUCCGUCCUGGUGGUGGCUGGCUCGCUCAAGCGGGGCGACCCCGGGCGGCCCGAGGAGGAGGUGCUGAUGCGCGCGCUGCGCGACUUCAACAUCCCCAAGAUCGUGACGGACGACGUCCCCGUCUUCAUGGGGCUCAUCGGCGACCUGUUCCCGGCGCUGGACGUGCCGCGCAAGCGGGACAUGGACUUCGAGCGCACCGUCAAGCAGGCCGCCCUGGACCUGCUGCUGCAGCCGGAGGACAACUUCAUCCUCAAGGUCUGA